AUGUUAAAGCGCGCAGUUUUUGGCCUUUUGGGUCCUGCAGCUUCUGGGAGGAAAGAAGAAGAGGCCAAUGAAGACAAGAAUGGAAAAAAAACUAAGAGAAAACUCCCCGCCAGGCGCAGCGGGGGGCCCCCGCUGCACCCCGAGGGCCCCUCCGACACCUGCAGCAGCAGCAGCAGCAGCGGCAGCAGCAGCAGCAGCGAGGACGAAGGCAGCAGCAACUUGAGCCCCCGGGUCAGAAGGGCUUUGAUUCGAAGAGCUGCUGCUCUUUAUGCUGAAGACCCCCGGGGCUUUUUAAUGGCAAUGCAGAAGCACGAAAAGGGCGAAGUGCAUGCAGAAGAAGCUGUUGAUUUGCUGCAGCCAAGCAGCAGCAGCAGCAGCAGCAGCGAUGAGGAGGGGCCGGGGGGGGCUGCAGCAGCAACAGGAGCAGCAAAUGGAAGCUCGGAAGCAGCAGAAUCUGAUGAAAAUGAUAUUCUAUUCACAAGAGGAAAGUUUCAUUGCAAACUUUGUCCUCGAAAGAUUUUCAUCUUCGAAGCUGACCUGGAGAAGCACCUGCAGUCCAAGAUACACCAGAAAAGAGAACUCAAAUGGAUGAAAAACCAACAAGACAAACACCCACAAACUUUGGGGGCCCCUGGGGCCCCUGGGGCCCUGGGGGCCCCGGGGGCCCCUGGGGGCCCCCCUGAAGAGGAUUCGGGGGGCCCCCCUGAAGAAGCCCCCAGGGGUCCCCCCAAGGGGGCCCCCAAGGGGGCCUCCAAAGAGUCCCACAAGGGGGCCCGCAAGGGGGGCCCCAAAGGGGCCCGCAAGGGGGCCCCCCAAGGGGCCCCUGAAGGGGAAGAGGGCCCCUCAGGGGCCCCUGAAGGGGCCCCUGAGAGAAAUGGAAUUAAAUCUGGAAAGGGGGAGAAAAAAGGAAUUGAAGGAAAUGAAGAUCAGAAAGAAAUAAAAAAGAAAAUGCAAAAAGGAAAGAGAAGUGAAAGACGCAAGUGA